AUGGCUGCUUUUGUCGGCAAAUUUAUCGGCAAGAAGAUCCUAGGGGAGACAUUACAGAACAAGUUUGGGAAGGAGGACCCCUAUUUUGAGACCGUGCCGGCGACCCGAAUCGAUGGAAAGCUUGGAAAGCCUGGGAAGGUCAAGAGACGCAAGAAGGCCCUGCCACCUGGCAUCUCAGAACACGAUGGACAGGUCCUGACCAAGGUCAAGCGACGCGCAUAUCGACUCGAUUGCUGUCUUUUCACCUUUCUCGGAGUGAAAUUUGGCUGGGGGAGCGUCAUCGGGAUCGUGCCUCUCAUUGGUGAUGCGCUGGACGCCUUUAUGGCCAUCAUGGUCAUGAAGACAUGCAUGCAGAUUGAAGGCGGCUUACCCAGCGGGCUCAAAGCUAAGAUGAUGUUCAACAUCAUCAUUGACUUUGUCAUCGGACUUGUGCCCUUCGCGGGUGACCUUGCCGACGCAAUGUUCAGGGCCAAUACUCGCAACGCAGUUGUUCUUGAGGAUCACCUUCGCCAGAAGGGCAAGAAACAGCUCCGACAGAGCGGUCUGCCAAUGCCUGCCGUCGACCCCAGCGAUCCCGAGGCAUACGAUGUCGAGGACAGCGCCACACCAGGCAGGCGUUCGCAUCCUCCUUCACGCCAGAACUCAACCCGGUCUGUUUCGCGGACGAGAGAGCAAGCACCGACGCAGCCUCCCCCAGCUCAGACUCAGCAGAGCCGAUCUGGGUGGUUCGGACGUGGCAGAGACCCAGCACCUGAUAUCGAACAGGCCCAACCAUCCAGCUCGACUGCUCGCAGAGACGAUCGCCGUAGCAAUCGUCACUAA